AUCUUUUUGUGAUUUUUGGGUGAAUUCUGAAGAUGCAGGUGCAGUUGGCGUGCGUGCUGUUCCUGUGCGUCACUUGUGGAGGGAUCUGUUCAGAGCUGGACUCAGACCAGAGGACGCUCACACAGGAGAUCCUCAGCAGCCUGUUCUCAAAGAUGAGACAGAGUAAGCAGAGCGCCCCCUUCUGGAGGGUGUCUUUAUCCACACUGUGCCGUCUGGUGACCAGUGUGGACGACGAGGGGUGGAGCCAGGAGCGGGCAGACCAGGAAGUGGAGCAGGAGGAGGCGGAGCUGAGCGAGGCAGGCCCCGUCCCUCUGACUGAAGAGCUGUACGGACUCAGACUGCUGUGCCGAAUGCUGCAGAACAGAGAACAGAGGUUACAGUCUGACUCAAUGGAGUUUCAGGAGGAGAGCCCUGAGGUUCCUCUGAAGAGAAAGUAUCCGUACAUCUUAAAGAGACAGACGCAGAGACCCAAGUCCAGACGGCCGUACAUCCUGAAGAGGAGUCCUGUUUACUGAGUGUCCCUGAACGCACGGCGACGCUCCCAACAUAAGGGCGACGCUCCUAAAGACACCACGAUGAUCUUAAAGGCAUGACAACGCAUUUAAAGGCACCACGAUGCCCCUGAACGCACCACUGUCUGUCUGUGUGGCCUGUGUCUGCAAUGCACUGUCAUAAACAACAUCUGCUUCAGUUACA